AAGAAACGAUUAGAGAACGAGAAGAAGCAUCCAAAGCUAAGCAAAAAAGAUCUUGAUAUCUUGGAAGAAAAACUUGAAGAACUAAAAGAGAAAAUUAAAGCAAGCAACUUUAAAUGUAUUAGAUGA